AUGGUUGCUCGGAGAGUCGCGAUCCUGAUGUUGGUUGGAGGCACAGGAGUGAAGGCGAAUGGUUUUCUCGGCCUGGUUUUACCUGCAGAGGACGCAGCCCGGCACCCGGUAUUGUUCUUCAUGCUGCAACGAAAUUAUCAAUUGAAGCUGGCUAUGGAUGGCCCUGUGGCAUCUUACUCUCGCUUUCCCGAAGAUGUGGAGGAGUUUGGCAUUAUUUGGUCUAGUCGUCAAUGGUCCAAGACGAUAUAA